CGCGCUUGGCUUUGAAAAUGGCAAGCAGCGCAAACACACCGGCUGUAGACGGCGACUUAGUUCAGAAAGAACAAGACAGUUAUGAUAAAAAGUGUAUUUUCUGUAAGAUUGUGAACAGGGAGGUGGACACGGAGCUUCUGCACAGCGAUGAAGACACGUCGUGUUUCAGAGAUAUAAGACCGGGAGCUCCUCAUCACUAUCUUGUUGUACCAACAAAACACGUAGGGAAUUGCAAAUCACUUCGGAAAGAACACAUUCCACUAGUGGAGAAAUUGGUGGAAACUGGAAAAGCAAUUCUUCAAAAAAACAACGUCAGUGAUUUAAAUGAUGUCAGGUUUGGGUUUCACUGGCCUCCAUUUCAUUCUGUUGCACAUCUGCACCUUCACGUGUUGGCACCUGCCAGUCAGAUGGGCUUCAUCUCUUGCUUUAUCUACCGCCUCAACUCCUACUGGUUCAUCACAGCUGACCAGUUGCUCCAAAGACUGAACUCAAUGGACUAAAAGAAGGAAGGAAAUAUCAUGUUGCUGUUGUACUGAGAAAUGACAUGGACAGACUCCCUGCUUAAGGAAAAGAGGUGAAGCUAAAGUGCCUCCAGGUUAUGAUUAUGUUAAACAUUAUUUUUGCAUGUCACUUUGUCUGCUUCUGCCAGACAAACUGGGCAAAUCUUGUUUUAACAGUUAUUUGACUGUUGAGUUAAUGUUUUUUUUAACUCGUGAAUGCUUGGGAAUAAUUCAGUAUUUACAUCACAGUCCGUAAAAAUGUAUCAAUAUUGCAGUAAUAUUCCUGUCUGUCUGAAUAACUUCAUAAAACUUUCCUUCUAUUGAUAACCGAAAUGCACACAUCUAUGUGCCGCUAAAUAUUUGUAUAGCAUGCCAUACCCUUACAUAUAGUAGCAUGUAAUGAUUUAAUAAAGAAUUUUAAGGUGUAGUACAUUCUAGUAUAUUCAGAUUUGGCUAAUUGCAAAUUAACAUUCACUACCAUUUAGUAAAUAUAUAAAGAAAUCACAUAAAAGAGAAUAAAGGUAAUAAACAUUAAGUUGUCUUGAGAUCAUAGUUGGCCUCAACUGUGUCCCAUAUUCGAUUUUAAGAUCUGCACUGUUGAAGGAUCAUUGUAUUUUUUUUAUCUUAAUUAUGAAAGA